AUCAUGAGUCUAGGUACAAACUGGCAUCGACUAUCAGCAUCAUGACAUCACUUUGGGGGAUGCCACCCAUGACAAUGUGCAAUAGGUCUUGACUAAACCACAUUCAGAUGCCAGCAGCUAGCAAUGGCAGAGAUCAGAAAUUUCACACUAAGAAAUGGAGGUUAUGUGUCUCGGCACUUGCAAAAAGUCGAGGCUCGUCAUGGUGGCGAUGGUCAAUCUCCAAGUCCAAAACCAAGUACACGAACACCCGAUUAAUGUGGUCUGCAGAAUCAUUGAAUUAGCCCUUGUCUAGUGCAAUAUCCAAACUUUACUUCGUCGCCAUGGCCGAAAUGGGCGCCCUCAAGACGGAAAACCCCCUGCCUUCCCCGGCAUUCACCAACAACAACCACGAGCACACCCUGAAAGAUGAGGCUUGGAAACACCGCGCUCCAUAUCAUAUCCAGAGCCCAGAGGAAUUCGGACCGAUCAAGUGGCGUGCCAAGUGCCAGUGCGGGCAAAUCUCAUAUACGGUGCGACGCGAGAAACCAUUGAACGCCAAGUUCUGUCACUGUCGCGGAUGUCAAGUAAUGCACGGCGCGCCCUUCCAAUGGGCUGCCAUCUUCCACAAAGAAGACGUGAACUUUGCCAAGGGGUGCAGUGGCUUGUCAUUUUAUUCGUCUUCGCAGAAGUCGCAGACGUAUCAGAUGCCUACCAAGGUGUCCUGUUCUUUUUGUCAUUCGCUUAUCAUGGACGAGGGACGCAAUGUGUGCCUAUUGUUUCCGCAAUUAAUUGAGUUUGAGGGCUCACAGGAUGAGCAGAGGAAGCAGAGGGAAGCUUUUAAACCCACAUGCCACAUCUUCUACGAACAGCGAAUGAUGGAUAUUCCAGAUGGAACGCCUAAAUGGUCAGGGAUGGAUCAGAGCAGCCAGCUGUUGAAUGAUGAAGGUGUUCCUAUUGACGAGAAAUGAUUCAAGAUGAGAGAAUGUGUGACGAUGAUACGAGGUGCAUAUACAGCAAAGGGUGUUGAGAAGAAAAUGCUUAUUAAAGUCAUGCGUGUUGGGUAGAUUGGUUGCCCAACUAUCAAAUGGAAGAAAUAGGAUUAGCUUUCCAAGCCAGUGCGCGUGUAUCAACAUCAAUGUUUCUGUGCCUCCGCCGUCAUGAAUAGCCCAGGACGGAAAUGGCCGCAAUCCAUUCCCUUGAGGAGUAGGAGACUUGCAAAAG